AAAAUUAUGAGUUUAUCAAACUAACUACUGCAGGAGAAAAACAGAAUGUCGGAGUAAUAACGCUAAACAGACCAAAAGCCUUGAAUGCACUUUGCAAUGAUCUUAUGAAGGAAGUAUCAAAUGCGUUGGACUCUCUUGAAGCAAACACAGGAAUAGGUGCCGUUAUUAUAACAGGGAGUGAAAAAGCAUUUGCAGCUGGCGCUGAUAUUAAGGAAAUGCAAAAUAACACGUUUUCCCAUUGUAUUACGGGAAACUUUUUAGAACAUUGGAGUCGAGUCAGUAAAAAUCUGAAGCCCGUUAUCGCUGCUGUAAAUGGAUAUGCUCUUGGCGGUGGAUGUGAGCUAGCGAUGAUGUGCGAUAUAAUCUACGCUGGAGAAAACGCGAAAUUCGGUCAACCGGAAAUUCUCAUCGGUACCAUCCCUGGAGCAGGCGGUACCCAAAGGUUACCCAGAUAUGUUGGAAAAUCCAAGGCGAUGGAAAUUGUUCUAACAGGUGCGCAGAUCACAGCACAAGAAGCUGAAAAAAUGGGCUUGGUAGCUAAGGUGCAUCCGGUAGAUAAGCUUCUAGAAGAAUCUAUCAAAUUAGGUGAAAAAAUUGCUAGCAAUUCACAACUGAUCACCAGACUGUGCAAAGAAUCCGUCAAUACUGCUUAUGAGACUACAUUAGCCGAAGGACUACACCUUGAAAAACGGUUGUUCCAUUCGACUUUUGCUACUAAAGAUAGAAAGGAAGGCAUGACUGCUUUUGUGGAGAAAAGAGCACCCAAGUUUACAAACGAAUAACUUUUGGGAAAAAUUAAUAUUUACUAUGAACAAAUGAGUAAGGAAUUUAAUGAAUAAAUAAAAUGUUCUGCUGA